UGUGUGGAACACAUCUGCGGGAUCAGUUUGGUGUUGUUAUUUAGUGUGACGUGGAAAUAUGUGUAUUCAGACAUGAAGCAAACAAGUUUAUUUAACACGAGGGCAUUUAGCCUGUUCCGUGCGUUUGUUAUACCUGUCAUUUUGAUUUUGUAUUGUUAUGCUGUCGAUGCACAAAAAGUGGACACAAAUUUAAAACAUCAAUGUGAGACCAUAAACUGUGUAUUUGGUGAAGUACCUUUCGUUCAGUCUGUGGCAACAGAGACUAGUGUGGUGCGGAAAAGGGAAACUGGUGAUGAGAAGGACGGUAAUGUGAAGCCGGCAGUGUCUGAGGCAAAAACGGAGAAUCACAAAAAUUCUGUUUCAGGAGAUACGCUACUUAAAAGCUCAAAUGGCACUAAAACCUCGAACGCUACUUCGACAGAGGGACCACCAAAUGCAAAUGUCAGUAUGCCGCCGAUGCCACCCAUGCAAGCACCAACGAAUGCAACUAAUGUGACGGUUAGUUCCACAGAGUCGCCUGGUGAACCUGUUCUCCCCGACAAAGGUUCUGCAGAGGAAGAACACAACAGCUCAAUGUCAAUAUUUUUUGUGCUCUGCGUGCUAGCCUUAGGUAUUUUAUUGAUUCAUUUUAUGUUGCAAUUCAACUUCCAGUACUUACCAGAAAGUGUCGCUAUUGUAUUUCUUGGGGCAUUGAUAGGCCUUAUAAUCAAUCUGAUGUCAAAUCAAAACAUUGCAAACUGGAGAAAAGAAGAAGCAUUUUCACCAACUGCUUUCUUUUUAGUUUUACUUCCUCCAAUUAUAUUUGAAUCAGGAUACAAUUUGCACAAAGGAAAUUUCUUUCAAAACAUAGGUUCCAUUCUUGUUUUUGCAAUAUUUGGUACUACUAUAUCUGCACUUGUUAUUGGUGCAGGAGUCUACUUGCUCGGACUAGCAGAAGUGGCAUACCGUCUGAGCUUCGUUGAAAGCUUUGCAUUUGGAUCUUUAAUAUCAGCUGUGGAUCCUGUGGCAACUGUAGCAAUUUUCCAUGCACUGGAUGUGGAUCCUGUUCUUAACAUGUUGGUUUUUGGUGAAAGUAUUCUGAAUGAUGCUGUUGCCAUUGUGUUAACAACAUCAAUUUUGGAAUCAAACAAUCCAGCAAUGACAUCAUCAGAAGCUGUCCUAACAGGAAUCAACAGAUUUUGUUUGAUGUUCUUUGCAUCUGCAGGAAUAGGUGUCGUGUUUGCACUUGUGAGUGCUCUACUCUUGAAGCAUAUUGAUUUACGGAAGAACCCAUCUCUUGAGUUUGGAAUGAUGUUGGUUUUUACUUAUGCACCAUAUGCUCUUGCUGAAGGAAUUCACUUGUCAGGUAUAAUGGCAAUACUGUUCUGUGGGAUUGUUAUGUCACAUUACACCCACUACAAUUUAUCCACUGUGACUCAGAUAACAAUGCAGCAGACCAUGCGCACAUUGGCUUUCAUUGCAGAAACAUGUGUAUUUGCUUACCUGGGUCUUGCGUUAUUCAGCUUCAGACACCGUGUUGAGCCUGCACUUGUCGUUUGGAGCAUAGUGCUUUGCCUUGUUGGACGAGCUUGUAAUAUUUUUCCCCUGGCUGUAUUGUGCAAUCGUUUCCGUGAACAUCAGAUCACGAAGAAGAUGAUGUUCAUUAUGUGGUUCAGUGGUCUACGUGGUGCAAUUGCAUAUGCACUUUCAUUACAUUUGCAGUUCAGUGAUGAGACUAGACAUGUUAUUGUGACGACUACUCUCAUUAUAGUGCUCUUUACAACACUUGUCUUUGGAGGAUCAACUAUGCCUCUAAUGAAGUUACUACUUGCCAGUAAGAAGGGUCGAAGCCGUCGUCGACGCCGUGAAAAAGAAAUUACUCUGAGCAAAACAAGAGAAUGGGGGCAAACAAUUGAUUCAGAACAUUUAUCUGAAUACACAGAAGAAGAGAUGGAAGUUAGCUUCAUUCAGUCUAGGAUAAAAGGGUUUGCAAAAUGUGACAUAAAAUAUUUUAUUCCAUUUUUCACUCGGAGAUUCACUCAACAGGAGCUGAAGGACUGCAAAAGUCAAAUGACAGAUUUAACAAAUCAGUGGUAUCAAGCAAUUCGUAUAUCGCCCACAGAAACAGAUGAUGAAUCUACUACGGCAUCACGGCAGUAAAAUUUCCUGUAUAAUGCCAUCAUAAUUGUAUUUCUUGUAUAUAUAAAACAGAAAUUCCAGUACAGGAGCAGAUUUUUAUUUAGCAGAAACUGAUAGGCAUUGAACAGUGUGUGCAAUGAGAGAGUAAAGUUGUCACUGUUUUCCCGAGUUCUAUGAAUUACUUUCUUUGUUUUUCACGUUGUCAGAGUAGAACUUGGUCUCACCUGAACACAGUUUUCUGAAACUGAAUAGACUUUUCAGUACUCCUCUAUUGUAAGUUCUUUUUUGUGAUUUUUGAUAGUUACCAGAAAGUGAAUGUUUUUUGUGUUGUUCAGUGUUUUAUUUAUAUAUGUGUGACUGAAAUGCUUAAGGUAAAAUUUCUGUCUAUGGUGUUAUAUAUGGAUUCUGCAUCUUGUUUUAUAAUACAUCACUAAUUGCAGAAAGUGAUACCAUUAAUUUGGUUCAGAUCAUACAAGGAAAUUCCUUUUCUGGAUGUGUAACAAAUCUGCUCCCACUUGUUUUCGAAAAUCUCAUUAUUUAUUUUCUUUUGUGUGACAAGAUUUACAAAUCUGUGUGGAUGAAAUAUUACUAUGAAUCUUUCUAGAAAAUAAACUGAAGUAAACGACAUUGUUAAAGCUCAAACAAUAGUGCUAAAAUGUGGGAACCAUUCAGUGUACAGUAUCUUCAUCUUUUUACUUUCCACAUUUUUUGCUAAACAGAUGUCUCACAAUCUGAUUCAUCUCUUUGACACUUGAGAGUAAACUCAAAAAAAAAAAAAACUGAAGAGCAUUACUGACCACAAAUAAAUUUUCUCCAGUUCUUAGUAAACAUCUCUUUGAAAAUUCAGUCUAAACCACUGUCUUUCCAGUAAAUUAAUUUCUGUAACUAAACCAACCAAACAAAAUAUCCCUUUUGUUUAACCAGCCACAUACAACUUUCAUUGAUUGUGGGCUCACUUGUAAUUGUGUUCCAAAUGGAUCAUUACAUGAAGUCAAAAAAUCAAACAAUGGAAAGUCCAGGGCAGGAAAAUAAGUAUGUGGAAAGGAUAGAUUGCUAGUCACCACAUAGAGGAGGUAUUGAGUCAGACAGGCACAAUACAAUAGAAUGCUAGAAAUAUUCUAGCAUCUUUUUUCACUUGCCUGUCUGACUCAGUGCUACCUCUAUGUGAUGAGUAGGAAUCUAUCCUUUCCACAUUGCUAUUACUAUCUAAAAAGCAUAGUUGUAUUUACAUUUUUGAAAGACAGAUAGCUCAAUCUUCAGAAAUGUUACUGUGCCACAAAGAGUGCUUCAGAUCAGAGAGACAGAUAUUUGUUUUCAAAUACUUCAGCAGAACAACAAGCUCAGAUUGAAACUACUACGCAAACACUGAAAUUAAGAUGGUGCACAGGCAUAAUAUUUACAGCAAAAAUUCUGUGAUUGACAUGUUUACAUCAGACAUGUUAAAUUUCUUACAAUAAGUGUCACUUAGGUAUAAAACAUGAUUGCAGUAUUUAUGAACAUGUGUUUUUGUAAGAACCUUAUGCAGUACUUAAAAGAAUAUUUAUGUUUAUCUAGGUCUAGUAGUUUUAAGAAAAGCAGAGAGACAUGUUGGAAUUUAGCAAUAUUUGCUACAACAAAAGUGUGAUAUGAAAGAUCUGUACAAUCUUCUUGCUUCUGUAGAGUGUAGCUAUUUUCAUAUGUGAAGUGUGCAGUCAUUUUUAGUACUGUAAAUGUAUUGAGUUUUGUAAUUGCUUUGUAGGAAGUGGGCAAGGAAGCACACCUUUAAUAGAUUACUGCAGGUAUUUUAUUAAUUAUAGUGCCUAUAAUUCAGUCUGUGAUGUCUUGUGCGCACAUAUUAAUAUGAGAAGCUAAAUGUGAAUCGAGGGACCAUGAUUUCAACUUUAUUACCUUUUCUUAAAAUAAGUAAAUGGAUUAUCAAACUGUUAUAUGUAACUAUAUGCAAAUGUUGUUGUUUCUAUGUCAACAUAUUGGCCAAAGUAUAAGUAAAUGUUAUCAAAACAAAAUUCGCUGUCAAGUCUAAUACCAUGAAAUUAAACUAUAUACUAUUGUAUCUCAGGCUGCUGCUUAGUGUCAUUUGCUAGGUGACUAAAUUAUAUCUGUGUGAACAUAUACAAAUUUAUUUGAUAAUAAAGUAAAUAAUUAAUUAAAAAUACAUAGAAGAUAUAGAAAAUAAGUAGACAAAAUAUUAUCCCUUCACUUUUCCAUUACCACUCAGUAUUUCAGUCUAAAGCAAAAGACUUCAGGCUUGUAGUGUGUAACCCCUUCGGUGGAUAUUCUCUCUCUCUCUCUCUCUCUCUCUCUCUCUCACUCACUCACUCACUCACUCACUCACUCACUCUCUUUCUCUUUUGUUCCCUGGAAUCCAGUAUGAUGAUCUGGACUUCCACUGCCAAUGUAAUGUUAUGUUUUAUCAUUUAUCCAGAACAAUUUUCUUCCUACCGGUAGAAGUAGCCAUAGUGCAAACAGUAAUCUGAAACAUUCAUGAACUUUUGAAAUCAAGAGUUUUUCUUUCUGUAGAUGUAUGUAAAUAGAGCAACAUGGAAAUGUACAUAAAAUAGAAAAAGGUAAUGGGAGAAAGGAUAAGUCACCGUGGCAACAAGAAGAGUUAGCAGGUAGUAAGAUGAUUUGUUGCCUCUUUUUGUAGCUCCAUAUUUACAGUUUUUUUAACUCAAACUUAUCAUAAAUAGUUGAAAGAAUUUAUUAGGUAAAUAGUACAUAUGGUUCGUAUUAGAAACCCACCUCAAUUUACAACUGAAUAAGUUUUGGGAAAUGACAAAGAAGUAAUCAAAUUGUUUCCCAGAAUAGUAGUCACCAAAAAUUUUCUCAAAUGGUGUAAUUAACUGAACUUCAUAGGGUAAGACCAAAGUAGCAGGCUGUUUGUCACACUGCAAUAAAUAAUUUCUUUGUAUCCGAUUUUCAGUACUUACUUAUUUUGUCAGUGCUGUAACUCCUAUUCAACCACUAUCACUUCCUCCUCAAGAACAUGAGCAUUCAGCUUGUAUUAUGUGGAGCAAUAGUUGCACAGUUCACCCAAGACAGGAUAAUGAACUGUUACCUCACCAUGCCUUUCCUCAUUAUUUCUGUUACUAUUCAAAAUGAGUUGUGCCCUAGAGAUCAUUCAUUCCUGAGAUUAAUUGUAUCAAAGGAAAAUUCAAUCGAAACCUUCAACAUUUGAAAUGUAUAGUACUGCAUAUUGAUACAUAUGAAAGUGAUAAACUUUCUAGCUUUUGAAACUAAUAGUUCCUUUCUUGUGUAGAAGAGUUGGAUAGGUCAGGAAUUUUUGUUGGGGGGUCACUACCACAAAAUAUAAAGAAUCAUUUAGUCACAAUAUGAAUUCAAAAUAUACUGUCAUCUGAUCAGUGAAUAACUGUUUUGUAGAAGGUUUAAAAAUUUCUGCAGUAUCAACACUCAUUACCUAGUAUUAAACAGUGUCUAUAUGCUGUUAUAAAGUAUAUCUAAAAACAAAGAUGAUGUAACUUACCAAACGAAAGCGCUGGCAUGUUGAUAGACACACAAACAUACACACAAAAUUCUAGCUUAAAGGGAAGGAGAGGGAAAGGCGAAAG